AUGGAUGACUUAAAACUUUAUGCUGCCAGCGACAGUGGCAUUCAAAGUGCACUGAACACCGUGCAAGUAUACACUCAGGAUAUCGGCAUGGAAUUUGGAUUGGACAAGUGUGCAGUUCUGCAUUUGAAAAGGGGAAGAAAUAGGGAUUUCGGCGAAGACGUGCAACUCGUGGACGGAAGCAUCAUACACCAUCUUGAUGCCGAAGAGUCCUAUACAUAUCUUGGUGUGAGUGAGAGUCACGUCCAAGAUGUCUCCAAGGUCAAAGAGGCUCUGUGCAGCAAGGCAUGCCGAAUGCAACCAGAGACGUUGAUGCAUCUUUUGUCGGCAUGUAAACAUUAUGCCAGCUGCGCCUACAUUCAUCGACAUAACGCUGCUUUACGUAUACUCUACUACCACCUGAGACACUUUUACGGCAUAGAUAAGACACCCGUUUUGCCGUACGCUCCUGGGGACAUUGAGUCCGUCGUUGAGAACGACAAAUGUAAAAUUUAUUGGAACUAUUCGUUCCCCACUACCAGGCAGUUAACAGCCACUAAACCUGACAUCGUUCUCAUCGAUACCUCUGGAUGCACCAUGUAUGUCAUCGAGUUUUCGGCCCCGGCUGAAACCAACAUAGUUGUGAAGGAGGCUGAAAAACGGACCAAGUAUCAAGACCUUGUGUUUGAGCUAAGACAGCUGUACCCAGGAUUCACUGUCAAAUUAAUCGUCCUCAUAAUCGGAGUUCUUGGAGGAGUCAAGUCGUCACUGCUGGCUAACAUCAAGCUCAUUCCGGCAUGCCAGCGUAACGCUGAAGCAUUACUCAGCCGGAUGCAAAAGGCCGUGCUUCUUGGGUCGCUCCGACUACUACGUGCGCACGACCCCAACUCACUGUAG